GAAAACACGUCGAAGGCGUUAGGGCUAAAGGCUACCGCGUCGUCGUUUACAAAUAAAACCUUGUUUGUAAUAUAAAUUUAUUUAAGUGUUAAAUUAAAUGUUAAUGGCGGGCGGUUUUCUCUCCUGAACUUGUGUGGUAGAAAAGAGCGACUUUACUGAUCAGCGCUGAGGUGGCGUGAUCUAAACUGUUCACACAUUGGCAGGCAGCGCAGCAGCAGAUGAUUUCAGAGAUCCAACCUACUAACUCUCCCCUCCAUCUACCCAUAUGUGAAGACUAUGUGAGAAAGCUCGCACUGACAGCUUCCCCAGCGGCGUUCACCACGGCGGGUAACAUCAAACCUACCGUGUGCAGGGUGGUCAUCUACCUGCAGAGGGACAUGUCGGGAGAGAGCUGCCUGCACCCGCUCCGGCCUCGGGCUGACCCCGUUCUCUCCAUCUCUUCCACCGAAUGUCCCAAGAUUAAGACCUGCAGCCAGCGCGAUGUCGCAGGGAGCAAAUACGUUCGCCUAAACGUGGGAGGAGCGCUCUACUAUUCCACUGUGCAGGUGCUCACGCGACAGGACACAUUGUUCAAGUCCAUGUUUAGCGGCAAGAUGGAGGUCUUCACCGACAAGGAAGGAUGGAUUUUAAUAGACCGUUGUGGAAAACACUUCGGUUCGAUUCUCAGCUAUUUGCGGGACGGAAGCGUAACUUUGCCCAAGAGCAGGCAGGGGGUCAUGGAGCUUUUCACUGAGGCGAAGUAUUAUGAGAUCCAGGGGCUGAUCGACUUGUGUCAGCAGGCACUUCAGGACAAUAUGCAGAAAGCUUUGUGCGUUAUCCCGGUCAUCACAUCUCACAAGGAAGAGGAGAGAUUGAUACAGGGCUGUACGAGGCCUGCAGUAAAGCUCCUCUACAAUCGAGGGAACAACAAAUAUUCCUACACCAGCAACUCCGAUGACAACUUGCUCAAGAACAUCGAGCUGUUUGAGAAGUUGUCGCUGAGCUACAACGGACGCGUGCUGUUCAUCAAGGACAUAAUCGGCGACGAGAUCUGUUGCUGGUCCUUUUACGGACAGGGUCGCAAAUUAGCAGAAGUUUGCUGCACAUCCAUCGUCUAUGCUACUGAGAAAAAGCAGACCAAGGUGGAGUUUCCCGAGGCCCGCAUCUACGAAGAGACACUAAAUGCUCUGCUUUAUGAGACACUCCCGGUUCCUGACAACUCUCUCCUGGAAGCCACACGCAGACGAGCUCAUUGCUGCUCACACAGCGAGGAGGAUGAGAGCGUGGAGCUGAGAGAGCGAGUACGGCGCAUACACAUCAAGAGAUACAGCACCUACGACGACAGACCACUGGGACACUAGCUGAGAACCGAGUCUUGUCCACUAAAGAGCGAAAGCUUGCACAAACUACUGAGAACUCGUGUGUGCGCGCACACACACACAGACAGACACACACUUGGGAGACGUUGUUGAGUGAGUGCGAGCACGAAUGAUAACACUAUAUUCAGAGCACCCCGUAAGCCACGAAUUAUCACAUCGGGGUGUCGCGUAAGUGAAUCCUCUCAGAUACUGAUAAACUGAUAAACGCAUCAUUUUGACCGGUACGUCUUUCCGAAGGGAGAACGCACACUUGCCAGGUUUUCCGGUGACGUAUACUUAAGUGUACCGAACAGCAUGGAAGUGUGAGCUUUCGCCCACAGCCGAAAAUUCUGUGAGAAAUAUCACACUACAGACAACUCUCUUUUUGACAAUAUUUAACCACUGUUUUAACUCCAUAUCACGAUGAAUCCUGACAAUCUGGUAAAAAAAAAUAAUAAAUCUUUUAGAUUUCUUUAUUUUGCGUCAUGAAAAAUGACCAGCACUAUUGUAGAAUGUCUUUAACCUCCUUUAAGUCAUUUUAUAACCUAUUUUUAUUUAAAGCUCUGUAUAGACACUAGAAUUUAAACUGACUGAUCAUCAUACCACUUCUUUAAAAAAACGAAUCCUAUAAUGUGAACACACAGCAAGCCUUGCUUGUGUUUUUAAUAUUUGUAUGUAUUUAUAUCAGAAUUGUAAUACUGACAGCCUUUUCCUUUUUUUUUUUUUUUUGGGAUUAAACCACAUUGCAGAUUAAUUGACAAAUUAGGAAAGACACCUUGUGUCUUUUUCUUUGAUAUUUUAGGAUGCCUUAGUGCCACUCAUGCCUUCCUGUGUAUUAAGAAAACAAAAGUGCGCCUAAGAUCGAAAUAAGUUCUGAUAUGAGAUCUAAUCAUAAUGUUGGGGAAUCGGUAGAAGUUGGCUCCAAAUGUGCUUUUGAACUUCACUAGUUAUAUAUUUGUGAUUCUUCUUACAUGAUGUAUUUUUGUUAAAUCUGUAGGUUUAUUUUAUCAAGCUUUUCAUACACUUUAUAAAAGAUUUUAUUUAAA